CCAACUUCAUCACAGAGCCGCUGUAACUCGUUACUAACACAUGAAUCCAGCAACACUUCUCAAGCACCGUUAACAAAUACCAUUUUAUUAUCACGACAUGAGCCAAAUCAAAGAAAAUGGAGUCGAGUCCACCUCCAAGAACGAUGCUGAAAAUCCAAAGGUACGCUUUAAACAGUUGUACAAGAAAGCAUUGGACUUGGGACUCUCCGAAGACGAUUUCAAUAGACUUGAUGCCAUUAAGGAAUUAAGGAAAGCAGUGAGAACAGACGAUGCUCUUUUGAAAAUAUGGAGUAUUGUUUGGAAAUAUUCUCUGUUGAUUCUUUCCAUUACGUCAUUGAUUGUUGCAGUAUUCGUCUUGGUUUUUGUCUUCCAAUGGCCGAUUGAAAAUAAAACUUUAGUCAAAGUUUGGUUUGCGUUAACUGGGGAAGAGGCCGGCUCUGAACGUUCAGAAAUAUGUGCUGUGAAUGCCAUUGACUAUAUGGCAGAAAUAUUUAGACCUCCAACGUCAUGUGAAUUUUGCCGAAAUGUGUCGUCUGUCGAAAAGUUGGAUCACUUGUCUCCAGAAGUAUUUGAAAAAGUUUACGCGUACAGUUCUGUGCCAGUUGUAAUAACAGAUGGUACCAAGAAUUGGACGGCUUCAAACGUGUUUUCAUUCAACUUUUUCAAAUCUAUAUAUUCGAGCGGCAGUCCUGCUUUGCAGAAUGUUGAGGAGAACUGUCAAUUCUUUCCGUACAAAACGAAUUUUUCAAGUUUGGAGGAAGUGUUCGAAAUGAAUGAAGACAGGGCCUUGAUGAAGGACGAUUCAGCCCCUUGGUAUAUAGGAUGGAGUAACUGUGACCUGUCGGCCGCCAACACUCUGAGAGGACAUUACAGUCGGCCAUAUUUCCUCCCCCAGGUCGCGGAGUCCAGCAAGACAGACUGGAUAUUUAUGGGCAGUCCUGGAUAUGGAGCAAACAUGCACAUAGAUGCAGUAGAGCAUCCCUCUUGGCAGGCGCAGAUAACUGGUACCAAACUCUGGACUCUGGAACCUCCCCCUGAAUGUUACUUUCAGUGUCCUAAAAGUGUUCAAGUCGUCAUUAAUCCUGGAGAAAUAAUUGUCCUGGAUACAAACCGUUGGUACCAUUCAACUCUUAACGUGGGAGAUGAUAUCAGCAUUACUAUUGGAUCAGAAUACGAUUAAAGGCGUUUGAUUUAAAAUAAAAAUGAAUGAAAUACAUUAACAAACUUUA